GAAGAAGAAGGAAAAGAGAGGAAAAAAAAGGGGGGAAAAGAGGGGGGGGGGACAUCGAGGAAAAUACCCAUUUACCAGGAUUUUCCCUUUUUCUUUCCCUCUGGAUGGUCUAAUGGAAAAGUUAAUUGCAGCCGAACGUACCUAUUUUUGUGGAUGUUGCAUGUUUUUGGAGGGGGGGGUUUUGCUUUUUUAAUGCAUUCUUGGCUUUUUUUCUGACUUUUUUUGCUUACAGGAGGUGGCAGAAGCAGCGCAGGGGCUGAAUAUUAUCAUUGCCAUCAUCAUAAUCACCAUUAUUAUAAUUUUCACCAUUUUAAUUCCUUUUCUCCUUCCUCUUCUCCUCCUUUUCUUCGCUGUUUUCUGCAUUAACUGGUUUUGUCUAGAAAAGUGGUCUCGCUGGCUGGAAGGUCUAAUGGAGGGGGGGAGAUAUUUUUUUCAUGGCGUUUUUGGCAGGAAUGCGGCAGCUUUAGCGAGGGACCCAAAUUUCUGUGGCUGUGUCCCAGAGGUCUGUCUGUCCCUCUCCAACAUAUAUUUAGCCAUAUACUAUUUAUACAUCCAUAAUCUCCCGGCCACGUCGGGGGGCCUGGGGGGGGAGCUUAGAGCCGGCGUGGCCACGGUGAUGGAUUUGAACCCAGGAAUGAAAUUCGAUGAUUUUGAUUUCUUUUUCUCCCUUCAAGGCAAAACCCCACGUUCCCACGGGUCGGAAAAACGCCCCACGUGCAGCACCCGGUCUCAGCUAGAGCUGGAGAUGGACGCGGAUAAGGGGAAGCAACGCCAGUACUCGCAGAGGAUGGCGGAGCCUCGCUUCAACAACCCCUACUUCUGGCCGCCCCCGCCCACCAUGCCCAGCCAGCUGGACAACCUGGUCCUCAUCAACAAGAUCAAGGAGCAGUUGAUGGCGGAGAAGAUCCGCCCCCCUCACCUGCCUCCCACCUCGGUGGCCUCGCAGCAGCCCCUCCUGGUGCCCCCCUCUCCUGCUGAGAGCAGCCAGUCCAUCAUGUCCCUGCCAAAGCUGCAGCAGGUGCCAGGGCUGCACCCCCAGGCCGUGCCCCAGCCUGACGUGGCCCUGCACGCCCGGCCGGCCACCAGCACCGUCACAGGUAUUGGGGCUGCAUCCCGUGCGCCGGCCGUCAGCACCUCGGAAUCCAGCCCGGGAACAGGGACCACCACCCCCUCGACCCCCACCUCCACCAGCCAGAGCCGCCUCAUCGCCUCCUCGCCCACCCUAAUCUCAGGAAUCACCAGCCCCCCCCUCCUCGACUCCAUCAAGACAAUCCAGGGCCACGGCUUGCUGGGGGCGCCCAAGGCCGAGCGGGGCCGCAAGAAGAUCAAGGCGGAAAACCCCUCGGGGCCGCCGGUGCUGGUGGUGCCCUACCCCAUCCUGGCCUCGGGGGAGACGGCCAAAGAGGGGAAGACGUACAGGUGUAAGGUCUGCCCCUUGACGUUCUUCACCAAGUCGGAGAUGCAGAUCCACUCCAAGUCGCACACGGAGGCCACCCACAAGUGCCCCCACUGCUCCAAGUCCUUCGCCAACGCCUCCUACCUGGCCCAGCACCUGCGCAUCCACCUGGGCGUCAAACCCUACCACUGCUCCUACUGUGAGAAGUCCUUCCGCCAGCUCUCCCACCUCCAGCAGCACACCCGAAUCCACACCGGCGACAGACCCUACAAGUGCCCGCACCCCGGCUGCGAGAAGGCCUUCACCCAGCUCUCCAACCUCCAGUCCCACCAGCGCCAGCACAACAAGGACAAGCCCUACAAGUGCCCCAACUGCUACCGGGCGUACACGGACUCGGCCUCGCUGCAGAUCCACCUGUCUGCGCACGCCAUCAAGCACGCCAAGGCCUAUUGCUGCAGCAUGUGCGGCCGUGCCUACACCUCGGAGACCUAUCUGAUGAAGCACAUGUCCAAACACACGGUGGUGGAGCACCUGGUCAGCCAGCACUCGCCGCAGCGGACGGAGUCACCCGGCAUUCCCGUACGGAUCUCCCUCAUCUAGGCAGGGAGGGGACAGCACCCCCCCAGCGUGAGGAGGAGGAAGAGGAGAGGGAGGAGGAAGAGGAGGAGGACGAGGAGGAGGAGGAGGAGGACGAGACCCCCCAGCGCCGCGGGCCGCGCCCGGGCCGUGCUCCUGCCCGGCUCCCGCAGGUUUGGUGACAUCCAAAGACGGUUUCAGAGCACUUUGAAUCUCUGCGGUUUGGUUUCCUUUUUGGGGGAGGAGGGGCAGUGGGGUUUGGGGGUGUCCCCCCUGCCAGGCCCCACCCCCCAUUUUUUGGAUACAAAUAUAUAUAUAUAUAUAUAUAUUUAUUGGCCAAGAACUUGGUGCUGCUAAAAAGACCAGAAAUUCACCCCAAAAACGAACCGUGGAUGGAGCAAAAAGCAGCUGGGGCGAGGGGGGGAGAAAAUCCCACCCCCACCCCCCCCACAGACUCUGGGCCCAAGCACCUCCAUUUGGGGUUGAUUUUUAACCAUUUUGGGGGUUUUUUUGUGUUCUUUUGGGGUCCCUUUCGAGGGCGAAGCCGCGGGCAGAGCUGCGUCCCCCCGGUGCCGGCCCCCCCAUUCCGCAGCCCCAGUUUUGGGGGGUCUGGGGGGUCCCCCUGCUUUGCCUUGUGCCUGCCUGUACAUACCCCCUGUAUAGAGCUGGGGGGCUCUCCCCCCAAACUCAUCUAUAUUCUGUACUUUUUGGUUCAUUUUGGAUAUUAACUGUGUUAUUUUUUAUACACUUUUUAAGCCUUAACUCAGCGUUUCUUUGGGGUUUUUUGUUGUUUUUUUUGUUUUUUUUUUUUUCAGGGUGUUUUAUUUACCUUUUAUUAAUUUUUAACCCCUCUGUUAUUUUUUAUCCCCCCUUAUUAUUUUUCCCCUUAUUUUUUACCCCCCCAUUAUUUCUCCCCUCAAUGUUGUACGAUAUCAAUAUUGUAACCUUUUUUGUCAGCAUGUUAAUACUGUGUAAAUAUGCCUCUUAUACACUUAGCCCCCCCCUUUUUUCUCCCCUUGCCCCAAAUUUUGGGGCUUUUUUAUUUUCCUCGCUGCCCAGCCAGGCCAGGCCUCCCUAGAGCUAGUUGGUACCUUAUUAAAAAAGGGAAAAAAAAAGAAAAAAAAAAAAGGAAAAA